CAUGAAAACAAUAUUUAUUUACAAUCGAAAAAAUUUCUAGAAGCUAUCGUUCGACUAGCACGUUUACGCAUAAGACCCAUUCCUAGCAAAAUGACCACCGCACCAGAAGAUUUUCCACAAUUGCUUCAGGCGAAGCGCUUCUGCGACCUCCUGAGCUCUACGGAUCGGCAUGUACGUAAGAAUGCGUUAUUUUCGCUGAAAAAUCUAAUACUAGAGAGCCGUUUGUCUUGUGACCAAAAUCAUCAAAUUUUCGUCACUUGCCAUACCUACAUUUUGAACGCGAUGCGCGAUUCGUCCGAAAUCGUGCGCGAGCACGGCAUUAAAUGCAUCAGCACGAUCGUAUUAAAAGUCCUACCGAGCACGGAUUUCUAUCUAUGCCCUCUCGUGAACGCCAUACUCGAGCGUCUCGGAAGCGCGGAAAUCAUCGAGCCAACCGAGGAGUUACGCAUGCUGCUCCUGCAAACGUUGCAUGAUAUUCUUAAUGCCUACAAUGAACAUCUCUUGGUAAUAUUUAUGAAUGAGUUUGUGGCGAUUCUGAAGCAAUCGGUGAAGGAUAAAUAUCCGCCAUGUAAGGAUAUCAGCUGCAUAUGCAUAAGUCAAAUAGCACAAUGCAUGCCGAAUCAAUUUCGGCCACAUGCUGCUUCCUUGGUCCAACCAGUUCUAAGUAUUCUCAAGCAUCAACAUCAGAAAAUCCGCAUUGCUGGCGUCAGGUGCAUUGGUGAUAUCAUCAUGCACAGUGACCAUCCCUCGCUGAACAACUGCGUUGGCCCGCUGGCCGAGAAACUAUUUGAUCGACAGUCUGCGGUGAGAGCAGCAGUGGUGCAUGUUGCUGCUAAAUUGAUGAUGAACUACAGAGAUCGCUAUUCGUUCUUCCAUAAAUUGCUUCCACUAAUGCUGACUGGAUUACAUGAUGAGGUCAAGGAGGUGCGUGAAGAGGCCCAGGAGUUGUGGGUGCAAGUGGGCAUUCAGUUUCAGAUAGAAAACGACAAGGAUCUCAAGGAUCGUUUGGAUUUCUUGGCGGAUCGACCAAAAUAUUAUCCCGCUGAACUGAAUCGUCCAAACGAAGGGUGUCGAGUGCUGGUCCAGCGUAAUAUCAGCAAAAUGGUGGAGGCGCUGUGCUUCGAGAUGCUCUCCUGGCAGGAAGAUGUCCGUGUGCGCUGCAGCCAGUUGCUGUGUGUUAUCGCACAGUAUGCCGAAGAGAGCAUCGUUGUGCAUCUCCCCAUGCUUUUGAAGAACAUGUACGUGGCCGUGCGUGAUAGUGAUGAGCGCGUUUCGGAGAAUAUUAUUCGCGCAGCAGAAAUCAUUGCUGCCUUUGCCCCGGUAAACAGCUGGACCGUCAACAUCCUUCCAGCCGUUGAAGGUUGUUCUAGCUUCGGAUGCAUCAAAAUCCUUGCUUGUUUCGUACGUGCCGCGCCGCAUGAGCUCAUUGAACCGGUUUUGCCGAAGAUCGCGCAAACCGUAUGCAAACAGAAUGUGACACACGUCCGAAAUGCGCUGAUUCACAACGAACUCAGGGAAUGUAUCAAUGCUAUUCAGACGCAAUUCACCACGGACAUGCCGCUUGAAAUUGCUCAGAAUCUCUUUAAUGCAAUCAUCGCUGUUGAGGGUAAUGGCGACGAUCUCGAGAACACUGACAUGUUGGAACAACUACGUAUCACGAUGAAUUUGAACUCUCAAUGUACUUUGUGGAAACUCUUCCUUCCGAAAUUACUCGAAAACAUCGAGUUUGAUACGCACACGUGGAAUGGUCAUUAUUUCGAAAGAGGUAUGCUACAGUAUAUUCUGCUUCACUCCGGCGCUGCCUUCGGAAGAAACCUACCAGCAAUGAUAGCCAUUCUCAGCAAAGCAUUAAACGAAGAAAUCGACCCGACGUCGAGGUUGACUAUAUUUAUUGCGCUCCAGUCUGCGCUAGAUGAUGAAUCGUUUAUAGAUCCACAAACGCCUGAAACAGAUACAUUUCUCAAGACCCUAAUAUCAGAAUUACUUGCACCGGCUUUAAUCUGGAAAGCAGGCGCAUCUGCCGAAGCACUCCGAACAGCUGCGGCGUCAUGUCUUGCAAGCGCGCUAGCUUGCGGGAAAAACUGCGAAUUGUUCCAAGCGAAAGAAAGUUUUCAACCAUUAAUCAACGAGGUACUUCCCCUUUUGAUUUCAUUGAGCGACGACACCAACCAGGAGAUUCGUAUGCUCUCCCUUGAAAAUAUGCAGCUGCUCAAGCAGCACUUGGUGGACAUGGAACUAUGGAGCGCCGAGUUCCUGAUCACUUGCUAUCCGCAUGUUCUUAAGCGUUUGGACGACCCCAUUGAGGCAGUGCGUAACUUUACUGUGGGCGUUCUUCGCGUGAUCCUUGAAGGUCCACCAGAUCCUUUUCUAGCGCCAGUUUACCGCAACCACCAUGAGUUUAUCAUUGAUACAUUGUUCGUACACUUCGAUGAUAUGGAUGAAGAAUUUAGAAGUCGAGUCCGAUCUGCUCUUGACAUGAUGAUCGAAAUUAACGCGCCCUUGCUGAAGGAGAUUGCCGAAAAGCACAAACCGAUUGUGCGUAAUCAGUCCGGGUGCGACGAGAUCCUCAAGUAUUUGGACAGCCUGCAUAUCAACUAAAAGUCUUCCGCUGUCUUGAUGUUGCUGACAAAAGAAACACAAAAUCAAUACCAAAAACUAGCCAAUGGGUUCUUUUCUUACCAUUCACCAGAAUGUAUUUCCCUGGAUUUUUCGUAAAUAUAAUUAAAUUUACAUUGUAGAAA